CCGGCUUUCUGCUCGCAUUGCGAAUGUAGGAGCUCUGGGUCUUGCUUCUGUGCUAAAGAGACCGGAGCUUCUUUACGGCGGUGCAGUUAUUCGAACCUUUCAGCUGGACGCGCUGCACUGCUGACAAAUAAGCGCCUAACAAGCUUCACUCCGUGUUGAAAUAUUUGUGUUUUCGUUUUUUUGCAGUGUUUGUUUGACUCGCCAGCAUGCCUCAAAGCUUUUCCCCUUGUCGGGAAUGGGACUACGAAUCCGAGCCUCUGCUUUUCGACGAGGAGUUUUGCCAGAACUUGAUGAAAGACCUGGAGAUGAUCCCCACGCCCCCGCAGUCCCCGCCCACAAAGCCGGGCUUCGCGGAGUCCCUCUCCAGUCUUUUCCCGUCCAACCUGGACCAGCUGGAGUUUGUGUCCGAGAUGCUUUUCGAAGAUCAGGACUUAAUUCACAAGGAUUUCUACUGGGGCAGCGACUUGAUCAACAGCAGCAGCAGCAGCAGCAUCCACGGAAGCAGCGGCCCCAGUAAAAACCAGCAGCCAGCGGUGUCGGCUGAUUGCCUGUGGAGCAGCGACGCUGGGAAGAGUGCUCAUGAGAAACUGCCCUCGGUCCUGUCCAGCAGCCCGCUGCUGUCCGAUAUAGACACAAACAUUUUCCAGGACAUUGCUGCCACCACGUUGGAUUGCCACAGUGCCAUCCUGGACUGCCAGCAGCUGGGCACAGAGCUGCAGGACAACUUGGAGCAGAGUUCAUCGGGGUAUGACAGCUCCCUCUCCACUGGGAGCGUGUCCAGCAGCGACUCUGAAGAGGAAGAAAUCGAUGUUGUCACAGUAGAGAAGUGGAAGACCUCCAAGAGGAGGGCGUGCAUGACGCCGUGCAGGAGAUCAGAAACCAGGUUCCAGACUCGUGCUGCGAUCAAGAGGUGUCACCUGGAGAUCCAGCUCCAGCACAACUACGCAGCGCCCUGCCCCUCCCUCGUGAAAGCAGAGCAAAUGCAUCACAAGCGCAGCAAGCGAGACCAUGCCCCCAAACACUGCUUCAGCAGCAAGGGCGGGAGCUCCGGCACAGCCAAGCCUUCCUCUGACAUGGAGGAGGAGGAGAGGCGGAGGACACACAACGUCAUGGAGAGGCAGAGGAGGAACGAGCUGAAGAACUGCUUCAUCAGGCUGCGGGACAACGUCCCCGAGCUGUCCAACAAUGACAAAGCCUCCAAGGUGGUCAUCCUCAAAAAGGCCAGCGAGUGCAUCCGAGAGCUGGAGGCUGAGAAACUGAAACUCUCGUCCAAGAAAGACAGGCUGAGAAACCAGCAGGAACGUCUGAAAAGCAGGCUGGAGCAGCUGAGACGAGGAAAGUGAAGAGUCGAUACAGCGGGCUGGGGCUGAACUUUAACACCAUGCCACAGGGCUCCUCCGCUGGCAGUGCAAGUGUGCCCUGUCUUCAAAAUGGAGACUGAACUUGACAUGUCAUUCACCCUCGCCAUUCUGUUUAACUUGAGAACCACUGUUCAGGUUCCUUAAAUGUAUGGGGGCCUCCACAUCAUAACUUGUGUAAGGUGUUUUAUAAGUGCGUAGAAGUUGGACAAUUCUACAUACAGGUUGCCAACGUUAAGACAUCUUUAAAGGGGUAGCCGUCAUUUUGAUGGCUUGUUUGUUUGUUUUGUAAAUGUACACAUCAAUAUUGCUCGUUUUAGAGUACAAGCUGCCCAUAUUAACUGAAUGAUGGUUGCAUGUCAGCUGAGUGGCUGGUCUGUCCCUCUUACACAGCAUGUGUUCACUUGUGCCUUUUUGAAAAGCUUAUUUUAGUUUUGUUGCUGUUUUUUGUAGUUUUUCUCCUGUACUGUUCUGCAUGUUUUGUUUUGGGCUGGAACCCAAGUUUAAAGGUUUGUCAGGUUUUAAUCCUUGCUAGUUGUGCAUUGCACAUUGCUUUUUGAAGCUUUUACCUGGUGUUUGAGGUACGGGUUCACAUGCAAUUGUAUGUUUAGCUGUUUGAAAUUUGUCAAGUUCUUUUAACAGGGUUCUCUUUCCAUAUUCAAGGAUCCUGUUUUGUCCCAAUUGAUAUUAAGUAGCCCAUGCUGUUUGGCUGUCAAUCCUAUCUUGCUAGGUAUAUUAAUGACACCUGUAAAUACUGUCUUACCUAAAGUGCAUAGUUGCACCUGUUUUGAUCAAACUGUAAUGUCAGAUUUUGUUGUCUACCUCAACCAAUAAGCAUACUUGGAUAUGGAAAGUGCUUUUUUUUUUUUUUUUUUUUUUUUUUACUGUUUUUAAAAAACUUAAGAUUAUUUGCAUUCAGACUUGUUCUAUAUUUUGUAUAAAGCUGUUCUUUUAAUAGAAGUCAAUGUGGAUAAUUUAUUUUUUCUCCAUGGACUGGUUUAUCUGAGCGACCAUGUGAAUUAAAUUAUUUUACAGUGAA